GGAACAUCAACCUCAAGAUUCGUUCGUACGCUUCGUCAAUAGAUGAGAUAUCUCUCACCCUUUCCAAAUAAAGCCUGCUAUAAUAACGUCAAGAUAUGGCUACAACGACACCUCUUGUGAAUGGUCACGGAAAUGCUGAGGAUCACCGCCCCGAUCCCGGCCUCGCUAACCUCUCCCUCUCUUCAAAAACCGUUCACGCCGAUGAUUACCUCAACAAAAGCAGAGAUGUGGCCCCGCCAUUGCAUGUUUCGACUACGUUCCGCUAUAAUCGGGAUCCAGAUCAAUUGAAAGUGCAUUGGGGAGAGGAUGCCGAUGAGCCAUAUGAUGGACAUGUCUAUUCUAGAUAUACAGCUCCCAAUACCACCCGCUUUGAAGCCAUCCUCUCAGACAUCCUGAAAGGGCCGGCGCUGAGCUAUGCAUCUGGUCUCAGCGCCUUCCACGCAAUGCUAGUUUUUCUCAACCCAAAGAGAAUCGCUAUUAGAGAUGGAUAUCAUGGCUGCCAUGGCGUCAUCGGAGUGCAUGCAAAGCUCACUGGUCUCAAGAAGCUGGAUAUCGACUGCCCCGCCGAGGAGCUGCAACCUGGUGAUAUCGUUCAUAUCGAAACACCUCUCAAUCCCACGGGCUCUGCUUACAACCUUAAAGCCUAUGCUGAUAAGGCACACUCGCGUGGGGCUUAUUUAACUGUUGAUUCGACAUUUGGUCCACCACCUUUGCAAGACCCCUUUCUGUGGGGUGCUGACAUUAUCAUGCAUAGCGGCACCAAAUACAUUGGUGGCCACUCAGAUAUGCUUUGUGGAAUCCUAGCGGUCAACCCUGCCAGAGUGAAAGAGGGUUGGUGGAAUAAGCUGUUUGACGAACGGUUAUUCUUGGGUAAUGUGAUGGGAUCUAUGGAAGGAUGGCUGGGUGUCAGGAGUUUGAGAACGUUGGAAUUGAGGGUUGAGAGACAGUCGCAUAGCACUACCAAGUUGGUGGCAUGGUUGAAUUCUGCCCUCCAUUCCGAAAAGUCUGAUGAUGGGGAGGCUAAGAUCGUCAGAGAUGUAUUGGCCAAAAUUGAGCAUGCUAGCUUGCAGGAACAGGACAUCAAGGAUGGAUGGUUGCUGAAGCAGAUGUCGAGUGGUUUUGGGCCAGUCUUCUCCAUCACCAUGAAAGAGCAGAACUUCGCUCGCAGACUACCCAGCAAGCUUCAACUAUUUCACCACGCAACCAGUUUGGGUGGGGUGGAAAGCUUGAUUGAGUGGCGAACUAUGACCGAUCCGGGGGUGGAUACUCGCUUGCUGAGAGUGAGCAUCGGUGUUGAAGGUUGGGAAGAUCUGAAAAAUGACUUGCUUCAAGCUUUCAAAGCACUAUCAGAAGAGUCCCAGGAGGAGUCGAAGAUGUAAAUAGACUGAAACUCAUAAAUAUUUACUUCCACAAGAUGUUGCCGAGAUCCUGAAGCUCAUUAAUUCUGC